CCUGUAAAUAGUCGUGUGGUGCCGGUGGAAAAACGAAAAGCGACGCAAGGGUUCAAAUCGGUUCCAUCAAACUUAAUUGUUUAGAUAGCUUAGAUUGUUUACGUUUCAGGAGAAAUCAUGGUUGACCGUUUAAUAUACAAUACGGUGCUUUCGCAAGCAUUUUCUCCUUGUGGAAAUUAUUUGGCUGCAUCUAAUACUUAUGGCGAUAUUGCAGUUUUUAGUCUGAAUAAUGUUUCAAAUCCAUCAGAAGACAUUAAAGCAACAAAUGGAGUACAGCAUCCCUUACAUCACAUCAGUGGUAUGGAGGGUGGAAAUGUAUGCUCUCUUGUGGCUACUCCAGAUUUUCUUAUUGUUGGAGGCAUUGGAGAAAUUAGAGGUUUCGAAUGGAAAACCAUCAUUUCUGGAAAAAGUGAGCAGAGUUUUAAAAUACAAGUUCCUCUUUACAGAGAUAGAUCAGAGCCAACCGAUGUUAACUGUUUAGUCUACAAUUCAUUGGAAAAUCACCUCUAUGCUGGUUGUGGAGAUAACAACAUUUAUGUAUUCAAUUUGGAAGAUGGAAAAUUAAUCAGAACUCUCAAGGGUCACACUAACUACAUACACAGUAUUCAUAUGAGCGACAAUCAGCUAGUGUCAGCAAGUGAAGAUGGUACAGUGAGACUUUGGGAAGCAAGGAAGUCCUCUCAAACAGGUGUUAUCAAGCCGUACACAAAUGGCCGACUAGCACGUCCAGAAUUAGGUAAUUGGAUUGGUGCUGCUGCCAUUAAUGAUGACUGGCUGGUGUGUGGUGGAGGACCAAGACUCGCACUAUGGCACCUGCGAUCAAUGGAGGUCACAACCGUCUUUCCUGUUAAUGAUUUGAAGGGUGUCCAUGUUGCGAAAUUUCAUGAGGACCGUGUGUUUGCUGGUGGAGCUGGUCCUAAUUUUUAUCAGCUCAGCUUGAAUGGACAAAUCUAUGGUCAAAUUCCGACAUCAGCGUCCACUGUUUAUUCUGCUGAGUUUCAAGAGAGUCCUCAAAAGAUUCUUGCCAUUGCUGGUUCCAGUACAUAUGUGGAUAUCUGCACUAAUUUCAACUACCUGGACCAAAAGCUUACUUUUGCCCUGUCCUCGAAUAUUAAAUAACUUCUAUAACUUUUGCAGCAUAACAUUUUACUACAAUUUAUGUACACAGUUUUUAUGUUAUCAGUGCAAUAAAGUAAAAUUGUGUUUUGAUGGUUA